AUGAAUUAUUAUAAAAAUGAUAAAAGACAUUAAUCUCAGCCUUCAUUAUGGAGUCUAAAUUAACCUUAAGUUAAAGUUAAAUUGAUGCCAAAAAUCAAUCACAAACGACUUGUGUUACCUGUUAUUACUCAAAAUCCUGGAGUUGGAUAUUACUCUCCAAAUCUUCAGAGCAUAUAUUCUAAUCCAAAAGUAACUAGAUUAAGAAGUGUAACUAAAAUACCAACAGUUCAUGAUGUUUCAAAUGAAAGGAUAAAUGUGUAAAAAAGCCAUAAAAAAUGCUCUUAAAAAUUCACAAUCUUAGAAAUGCUUCUCAAAGAGGUUGAUGAAGAAGUAGAUUAAGACAUGAGAGACAACCCUGUAUAUAUUUAUAUAAAAUUUAUAGAAAUGUGUUCAAACUCCACUCUAACUAUAACCAUUAAAUGAUAACUUUAUUGAAUAAUUAAAGCACAUCAAAACUAAUCUACAAAAAGUUCUUAGAAAAAAAUUAUGA